GUUCCGAUCGUGGCUCGCGUUGAUUGGCUCGACGGGAUGUCAAUUCAUCGAGCGAGCGUUAUAUGAGGAUUUUGUCAUAGACUGUAACAGCUGGUCUGGGGACGGUGUGGGUUUUGUUUACUGCCUUGAGCGGGUCGGGGGAAAAGGAACUAGGUGAUCUUCAAGAAGAGCUGUCUUACCUGAAAGCAAAGGUGUUUCCCCAUCUAGAUACACUUUGCCAGACAAGAGGCACCUGUUUCAGACCUGUGGACUUACAGCGAAGCAAACAAGAAAGGGAUUAUAAAUAUGACAAUGAUGGAAAUCAGAUGAAUAAGCCUGAUCUUUUCGACCAGCAGUUGAAAAUCAGUUUGGAUCUCAUCGACCGCUCAUCUUUUUUCAUCUGUCUUCUUGGAUACAGCUAUGGACAAUGUCUGCCAAGGGAGAACGGUUCUCAGUCUGAUAUUGGACCAUGUUCUUUGUCUGAGGUGGCUAGGAACUUGCAUGUUGCUGCAAAGGCUGGAUACCCUUGGGUCAUGGAGGACGAGUAUCGCACCUGUAGCCUGACAGAGCUGGAGAUCACCAAGGCAGCCUUCAUUGACAACCACAAAAGCUGCUUCUUUUAUUUUAAAGACUAUACCCCACAGGACAUGGAGGAUGACAGCAGUGAUGAAAUGCGUAUCUUCUUGAACAUGCUAUCCAAUCAAAGCCAAAGUGAGAGACAGAGAAUGAGAGAUCUAAAAAGAAGGAUCAUAAAUCAUUGUCUUCCUGUCAGAUUCUUCAGAAACCUUCAUGAACUUGAAGAAAUGAUAAAGGUGGACUGGGAAGGAGUCAUUUGUAAAUUUCAUGAGGAUCCAAAACAUCCCAUCUCAGGAUGGCAGGAUUCAUUCGAUCGGCAUUACCAUGAGAGCCAUGCACGUGGAUUGUGUGACUGGUUUGUGCCCUCUGUACCCACCACAGAAAUACUGAAUGCAUUAAACAAAUUUCUGCGUUCUAUAACCCAUAAUGCAAAAUCUGAGACACACUCAAGAAAUCCAGGUGCUCAUUUCACACGUGAUAUUGACCAGAAAGACUCAGAGAAGUCUAUCUUACUGGUAUGUGGUGAAAGGGGUUGUGGGAAAUCCACUCUGGCAGCGUGGUGGCUGCGGACCUUCUGCCGACAGAAUCCUGAUUUUCUAGUCAUCCCACACUUCUGUGGAACCAGCAUAUCCAGCACUGAUGUCAGGUCUAUGCUCAGACAGUGUACUGCUCAACUUCGAAGAGCACAUUAUGGUGAUUUUCCAGAUUGGGAGGACGCCAUUGAGUUUAAGUACCUCCAUCGAGCGGUCCAGGCAUUUGCUGCAGCAGCCAAUCUUGGGCCUUGUAUUCUUCUUGUAGAUGGUAUUGACCUUCUGACAGAAACACUUGGACUCUCAAAGCAAGAGGUGAAGGAACUACGGUGGCUGCCAGAUGCUCUGCCUCCCUAUUGUAAAAUGAUCAUCACAACAACCUUCACUGACCUCACUUACAAAAGUCUCACCAGCAGAAGCGAUGUCCAGAUUCUCAACUGUCCUCAUAUCUCCGAUCCUAGUGUUCAGCGGAGCAUUUUGCUCAGACAUCUGGCUUUACCUUACAAGGAGCUGCCAACCAGUGUUUUGCAAAGAAUCAUGCAUAACAAGCAGUGCCACUUGCCUGCAUUUUUAGCAAUCAUUGGCACAGAGUUACGGACGUGUGCAGUGCUGAGGGAGAAAGAGGAAGAGAUGGAGCUUUUGCAGGAGUAUGUAGAAGCCGAUUCAGUUCCAGAGCUCUGGGUGAAGGUCAUACAUCGCUGGGUAAAAGAUUUCAGCAGAACUGCUCCAACAGAAGUCGCUGAGACUCAUACAAACACUACAUCACUCAGGGAGGAUCUCUCAGGAUGGGUGUGGGACACACUCUGCCUCAUUCAUGUGUCUCGUGCUGGCCUGACUGAGGCUCAGGUUCUGGCUUUGCUGGAAGAUCUGGGUUACUGUGGUAAGCUGAGAGUCGAGGUUUUGGAAUGGGUCCGAUUGCGCUCUGCUUUUUGGCCUUGGGUUCAGGAGAAAGCCAAUGGUCUUCUGACCAUCAUGCAUCAGUCCCUCAGCCAGGCUAUGAACCUGUUGUUGCAUGAUAUGGGAGGUCAUAAUUCCUGCCAUCAGAUCCUUGCUAAGUUUUUUCAGAAGUCCAGUUUAGAGCUUUGUAGCUGGGCAAGAAAGAUGGAAGAGAUUCCUUGGCAUCUCAAGCAAACCGGUUCAUUCAAGGAGUUGCAUGACUUCCUUUGCGAUCCAGCUACCAUGGAGUUUUUGUCAAGCAGCCUGAAGCGAUACCCACAGAUGACAAUUGAUGUUGUACAUUAUUGGACACUACUAAGGGAGAGAGGAUUUGACCCUGUGACUUCAUUCCAGAAUCUGAUGGCUCAGACUUGGGAGUGUCUUAAUGACGCUCACCCUCCAGAUCACAGCAGUGUGUUGCGAUUAUCAUUAUUCUGCUCUAAAGUUCUGCUCUGUUUGGGUGAGAUGCAGAAAGCUGAGGAGCUGCUACUAAAAGCAGAUCAAAUUUUCCAAAAGGGAAUGGAGUGGGAUAGUGACAGUAUGAGGUUACUGCUCAAAGUGCAUCAUAUGCUGGCAGAGCUUUAUGUCCAGAGGCAUCUGCCGAAAGACACAGAGAUGUAUUGCCACAAGGCACUUGAGACUGCCAGGUCUCUUACAGUAACCCAUCUUGACAGCGCAGAGGUCAAACUGAUAGUUGGACAGCUGCUUUGUCGUCUGUGUCUGGCAUUGCUGGCGGAUGGACGGCUAUAUGCAGUGCCAGGGCUUUUCAAAGAGAUCAGCUCUUCUAGAUACAUUUCUGUCCAUCCUUGUGCUGAAGGCGCAGCCAUGCUGCUGAAGGCCAUUCACAAGUUGAGUCUUUGUGAGACCAAGACUGCUGAGAGAUGCUUCCAAGCUGCACUGGCCAGCAGGAGGCGCUGGUAUGGCCAUGAUCAUCCUCUGGUAGCAGAAGUGGAGGAGCAGCUUGCAGAUCUUUGGGCCAGUGCUCAAACUAAUGCAGAAUGGACACAGAGGAGAAUUGUUGAACUGUACCGCCAUGCUGUAAGCACUAGAGAGACAGAGGCUCGGACAUUGCAACUUCCCUCCACGCAACACAACCUUUCUGUCGUUCUUAUGAAGCUUGGUAAAGUGUUGUUGUGUCGCUGCAGUAGAGUGGAGAGGAGACAGGGGCAGGAUCUGCUCCAGAGAGCUGCAGACAUAAGGAUUCACCUCCUGGGCCCUGAGCACCCAAUGUCCCGAGACUUGGAGCAGCAGUGAGCUCAAUUUCAUUACAGUACAACUGCUUUUAAGGAAUUACAACAGUCUUCAGACUAGGAGCUUCUCUACAGAAAGAGCAUCAUCUUGUAAUCAGAAUGAAACCCUAAAAAGACAGUGGACGGCUUUACAGGUCUCUGUAUUUGGGCCACAGAGUAACAUUUCGACACUGGUUUGUUUGACUGGUGACUGUCUCUUACCAGAUCAACCAGAAGGCCUUUCCCAGGCAGACACAUCAUCCAGGAGGAAGCUCUGAAAGCACUAAACCGAUUAAUGAGAAGACUAAUUUACAGCAUAUCAGCUUUGUCACAUGGUCAGACCAGUGUCUUUUCUUACACCGAUCAGGCAUAACAUUAUGACCACUGACAGGUGAAGUGAAUAACACUGAUUAUCUCUUCAUCACGGCACCUGUUAGUGGGUGGGAUAUAUUAUUCAGCAAGUGAACAUUUUGUCCUCAAAGUUGAUGUGUUAGAAGCAGGAAAAAUGGGCAAGCAUAAGGAUUUGAGCGAGUUUGACAAGGGCCAAAUUGUGAUGGCUAGAUGACUGGUUCAGAGCAUCUCCAAAACUGCAGCUCUUGUGGGGUGUUCCCAGUCUGCAGUGGUCAGUAUCUAUCAAAAGUGGUCCAAGGAAGGAACAGUGGUGAACCGGCGACAGGGUCAUGGGCGACCAAAGCUCAUUGAUGCAUGUGGCGCGCAAAGGCUGGCCCGUGUGUCCGAUCCAACAGACGAGCUACUGUAGCUCCAGAAGUUAAUGCUGGUUCUGAUAGAAAGGUGUCAGAAUACACAGUGCAUCGGAGUUUGUUGCGUAUGGGGCUGCAUAGCUGCAGACCAGUCAGGGUGCCCAUGCUGACCCCUGUCCACUGCCGAAAGCGCCAACAGUGGGCACGUGAGCAUCAGAACUUGACCACGGAGCAAUGGAAGAAGGUGGCCUGUCUGAUGAAUCAUGUUUUCUUUUACAUCACGUGGAUGGCCGGCUCAUGUGCGUCGCUUACCUGGGGAACACAUGGCACCAGGAUGCACUAUGGGAAGAAGGCAAGCCGGCAGAGGCAGUGUGAUGCUUUGGGCAAUGUCCAGCUGGGAAACCUUGGGUCCUGCCAUCCAUGUGGAUGUUACUUUGACACGUAGCACCUACCUAAGCACUGUUGCAGACCAUGUACACCCUUUCAUGGAAACGGUAUUCCCUGGUGGCUGUGGCCUCUUUCAGCAGGAUAAUGCUCCCUGCCACAAAGCAAAAAUGGUUCAGGAAUGGUUUGAGGAGCACAACAACGAGAUUGAGGUGUUGACUGGCCUCCAAAUUCUCUAGAUCUCAAUCCAGUCGAGCAUCUGUGGUAUGUGCUGAACAAACAAGUACGAUCCAUGGAGGCCCCACCUCGCAACUUACAGGACUUAAAUAGUUCUGCUGCUAACAUCUUGGUGCCAGAUACCACAGCACAUCUUCAGGGGUCUAGUGGAGUCCAUGCCUCGGUGGGUCAGGGCUGUUUUGGCAGCAAAAGGGGGACCAACACAAUAUUAGGAAGGUGGUCAUAAUGUUUUGCCUGAUCGGUGUAUAAGAGGCACAUUCUAUUCUAUUCUAUAAAGUACUAUUAGAAUAGAUACAUUUUCUGUCUGUAGAAAAGAUCUUGAAUAUCCAUAUUAGCAAUUUAUUAUUUGUAUUUCUUUGAUCAAAAACAAUAAAAACCGCAAUAUUGUGAAAUAUUA